UAUUCGUAAUUUCGCCCGCCGCAUGCAUACGACCACCCCCCCUCCUCCCGCCACGUCAUCGACCCUUCUCUACGGUGGGUCCCACACACCUCGUUCCCCACGGCUAUAAAUUCCCCUCCCCUCUUCCUCACUUCUUCCCUUUUCUCCCUCUUCCCUCUUGCCCUCCCCUCCCUUAACUUAAUUUACAAAUAGGUCCUCCAUGCUGUCCUUGGACGAAAUUUUCUCCCAGCCCCUUCCAGCCCUCGAAGGCGAGUUCAGCUUCCCCCCCUGGCAUGCCCCGUCCUCGGACCCCACUCCAGCUCCGGCUCCGGCUCCGGUUCCGGUUCCGUCUUCGACCGCCUGUGUAGAAGAACCGGAGCAGGCGGCGCUUUCGCCGGCCGAGGAGCGCCGGCGCCGGCGCAGGAUCUCGAACCGCGAGUCCGCCCGACGCUCCCGCAAGCGGAAGCAGCACCACCUCGAGGAUCUACGGAGCCAAGCUGGCCAGCUCCGCUCCGAGAACCAGGCCCUCGCCGAUCGGCUCGUCGAUGUCGUCAAUCGCUGCCUCCUCUUCCGCCGCGACAACGAUCGGCUCCGCUCCGAGUCCACCGCACUCAGCCGCCGUCUCUCCGAGCUGCGCCGCCUCCUCGUCGUCCGGCAGCUUCGCCUGCUCUCCUCUCCCCUGCCACCGGCGCCGGUCGCCGCCUGUGGCGGCUUUGCUUCCGCCUACGAACAGACCCUCGCGUCGCUAAUCGCUUAAAAUAUUUAAAACUGGGGAAAUUUUUUAAGUGGAUAAUGUGGAAAGAGCUGGAAACGAGACAAAAGAAAGCUAGCCACUGCUCUCUCUCUCUUCUAUAUAAAUUCAAACCGGCUUCAGGAAAAUGGGGUUUUUAUGGCGGGAAUUUGCCUUUUUUUUAUUUUGUUGGAAAGAGAUUUGUCUAAAUUAUAGAAUUUUUAUUUUUUUUCCUCCUUUUAUUUCCGUGUUUCUUCGCACGAAAUGGAUAAAACGAAGACAUUGAAACUGGCGAUAUAUCGACGACAUUUUGACGUUUUAUAGCGUGAUGAUGGAAGCGCUCUGACUCCUGUAUAACGUGUGGAGAAGACUCGUGGACGUUUUUCUAAUUUCAUAAAAUAAUAUAACUGAAGGAGAGUAGCUUAGGCUUGC